GAAUCACAUACUGUUAAAAAAACGCGGGAAAUACGAAAAUUUAAUUGUACUCCGGUAGAUGGCGCAAGCUGCUACCUCGAUGCGAAGAAAACGAGAGCUUCCGCGAGGCUGUUAUUCAUUCGUCCAGCCAGCAAAAAACAUGGUUGUCUCGCUGCGUGUUGCGCUGACUUUCGCUCCCGCCGAUGUCAAGUGAGUCGCUGCCCUCGCGUGCUCCUACUGACGCUUCGCGCUGCUCGCUCCACUCGGCCAGCUGGGUGUGUGCCACGUGUGUUUUCGUAGUCAUGUCGAAGAUCUUGAGAAUGCCGCGUUACGUCCACACGAGGGAACACCUGUCGCGGCUCGGCGCGUCGCCUCAGUUCCUCGGCUUCGCAGUUUGAUGGGCCGCGGGCAGCGUAGAGCACGAUGGCCCUGCUCUUCUCGCGGCGCCGUCGACCCACUCUUGUUCGUCUCCUCUCGGUGCUAGCAGUCGCCGGGGUCACAGUGCUUUUGCUUCGAAGCCGGACCACUUCCGAUGACCACCUCGACGAUCGGAUCGUCUUCCGAGAACGGCUUUCUCCGAUGUCCGGAGCUGGCGAUGGCCGUGGAAAGCUGGCUGCCACCGCGAGGGACGCCGAGGUGCAGAAGGCCCAAGCACCGCGCUACCACGGCGACGAUAGCCCGCUGCUCCCGAACGUGUACGACCCGGACGAGACUGAAUUCUUCGGAAGGUUCAUUGAAGACUGGGGCAAGGACGGCGCGGGAGUGAGCCUGAAGGGCUCCGAAAAAGAGAGGGCUGACAAGGAAUUCUCGAGAGCUGGCUUCAACGCCUACGUUUGCGACCGCUUACCGUUAAAUAGGACGCUGGGUGACCGUCGUCACCGCAGCUGCCGGAGGGCGAACUAUGACGUUGAGAGACUCCCCACCGCUUCCGUGGUGAUCAUUUUUACCGACGAACUCUUCUCGGCGCUCCUGAGAACAGUGUACAGCGUGAUAAACCGCACCCCCCGUCGCAUGCUGAGGGAAAUCAUCCUCGUCGAUGACAACAGCCAAAUUGACGAGAUGGCCAACGGCCGCCUGGAGCGGUUCAUCCGGCGCCACUUCCGGCCUGGCUUCGUGAAGCUCAUCACGCUGCCCAAGCGCCAGGGCCUGAUCCGCGCCCGGCUGACGGGUGCCCGGACUGCGUCUGGCGACGUGCUCGUCUUCCUCGACUCGCACUGCGAGGCCACCGACCACUGGCUGGAGCCCAUGGUAGAACUGAUAAAGAAAGAUCGUACGACAGUGGUGUGCCCCAUCAUUGAUGUAAUUGAUGACAAGACACUUCAGUACAUGGGUACCAGCUCGGACUUCUAUCAGAUUGGUGGCUUCAACUGGAAGGGCGAGUUCAUCUGGAUUAACACGCCCGAGGCCUGGAGGAAGGCACGCAAGAGCAAAGCAGACCCCAUGCGUUCGCCCACCAUGGCUGGUGGCCUGUUUGCCAUUGACCGCAAGUACUUCUGGGAGAGCGGCUCUUACGACAGUGAGAUGGAAGGCUGGGGAGGCGAGAACUUGGAGAUGUCAUUCCGUAUCUGGAUGUGCGGUGGCUCCUUGGUGAUAGCUCCAUGCUCUCACGUGGGACACAUCUUCCGCGACUACCACCCUUACAAAUUUCCAAGCAACAAGGACACGCACGGAAUCAACACAGCCCGGCUUGCUGAAGUGUGGAUGGACAACUACAAGUACUACUUCUACCAGAACCGUCCAGAGCUCAGGAAAAUAUCAUUUGGCGACAUCUCAGAGCGCAAGGCACUGCGUAAUAAACUGCAGUGUAAGUCUUUCAAGUGGUACCUGGACAAUGUGUACCCCAACAAGUUUGUUCCCAGUGAGAAAGUGUUUGCCUUUGGAAAUGCAAGAAAUCCAAACACAGGCAUGUGUCUGGAUUCCAUGAGUCACAACUAUGACAACACGGAACCGCUCGGCAUCUAUCCUUGCCACAAGGACACAAACAGUGGCGGUAACCAGCUGGUGUCAUACACAUGGAGACAUGAGAUCCGCAAGGAAGACAGCUGUGCAGAGCUGUCCAGUGAGCCGGACAAAGAUGACAAGGCCGCCCGCAAGGUCAUGAUGGCCCCUUGCAGUGAAGGCGCCGAGUCCGAGGAGCGGCAGCGUUGGGACCACACGCGUGGUGGCCCGCUGAAGCACCGGCAAACGGGGUUGUGCAUCGAGGCGGCUGCCACAGAAAUGGACGCUGUGCUCGCCAAGCCAUGCACUGGUGGCCACAACCAAGUCUGGUGGUUCCUCCACUAUGCCCGCCCACAAGUGGACGUUCUGCACAACAAGGUCUAAGCACUCACGCACCCGUAUUGUUCAAGUGCGUGUGCACAUGUGGUCUGUAGACUUGUGUGCAUCUCUGUCCAUUCAUUGACAACGUCCACACCUUCCCAGACUGGUUUUUCUUGGGGAGGCUGAAUGUUUCUGUGACAGUGACACUUAUUUUGAAACAGCGUUCAUGUAAGUAUAGUUGGCGGUGACAUUUGUUACGAGCUUAGACUUGUUGCUUGGGAUGAGUGUUUUUGUAUUUUGGGGGGUAAAGAGGUGCUGAUGAGCACUUCCCAAAACAUGGUGGCCAUGCAAGCAACUUGUUUCAGUAAGUGAAGUCAUGUGCUGUUGUUCUGAAUGAGAACAUUCCUUUCUUUCUCUUUUUUUCCUCGUAUGUAACAGGCAUUUGUUUUUAUGAACCUAUAUAGUCUUGGAGGACCUCGAAAAUGUGUGCCCUUUUGCUUUCUAAGCAGGUAACGUAUAGAAGGUGGCGUGUUCCAAGUGUUUUGCUUGUUGAGUGAAAGGAGUUCAUCUAUAUUACUGUGAUGUGCUGUUCAUGUCCUAAGGUCAUGGACAGCUGCAACAAUGAUGUUUGUUGCUGCUUUAAUGUGGGAAGCAAUUGAGAUUUUGUGUCAAGUUUGUACUUUGUUUUUCUCUUUGCUGUUGGAGUUAUUAUUCAUAAUCAUCAAGACACACUAGUGCCUGCAUCAGCAGAAAAUACUAGUAUGGGAGCUCUUAAUUCUCAUUCUCAGCAAAGUAAAUUCUCAUUCUUGAUGUUAUACAACCACGGCUACAUGAAUUGGGGCAGCGCUUUUGUUGGUGACAAUAAUUGAAUGCUGUUGGUCUACAGCGUCCAGCUGUUCCUAUGCACUAUACGUAUAUUCAAGUGACUGGAUCGAUGCCUACAAUGCUAAAGUGUUUGUUACUGUGCACUUUCUGGGCUGUGCUUUGCCUUGUGAAAGUUUUCAGCCUGUGCUUGUUAAAUGACGCAGAGAAGGUUGUUACCAUCGUUGUGCUGCUUCACGUACUAACAUGAAAUUUCUGUCUUCCGUGGAAUAGCUCUUUGUGCGUGCAUGCACAUGCCUGCAGUCUGCUGUAGUCUUGCUCUAUGUUCUGCCAAGAAUUGUUCACUUGCUUUACUCUGUGGAUGCUUGGGAGAAUUGCAAAUGUGUGCUGCUUGCAUGUAGGGAUUGCCUGCAGAGUACUUUCUCCCACAUGGUAUUUUUUAUGGGAGAAACUUGUUGAUUAAGUUUGGAAAACCAAUAACCUGGGUCCAAAUUAACCCUUACGAGAUGCAAAGAGGGGCUUACUGGUAAUCUACAACUAGUUCUGUGCAGAACAAAUGGCUCAUGGAUGAGGAAUAAAACCAAACGGCACAAGCACCGACUUUGUUGCCAUUCGGUGUCAAUGAUUUCUGUUCUAUUCUUAUCCAUACAUGGCCUGCCGUGCAGAAGAUCGGCUGAGUCAAAGUAAUCAUUGCUGGAUUUGUUCCAACUUAUUUCGGACUAUGGCCAUGUACAUUAGAGCAAUUCAUAAAUGCCUGAAUGUUUGCUUGAAUGAUGCAACCACUGUUGCACUUUUCACCCCAUCUUGCGCUGUGGUGCUGUAAAUACUGGAUGCUUCUGGUUUGGAUGGAUUGACAUGAGACACGAGGCACAUCAGAGCUCAUUACAUGAAUGAAAGCCUGUGUCUGCCCUGCGCGAGGGAGUUACGUGACAAAGCUCAUGAGAAAGGCUCGCUACAUUUAUGAAGGUCUAUGUACAAAAGCCCAAGAAGGAUGCAAACGUGGAAUGAUGGGCAGUAUAUACUGAAUAUACACGCAUCUUUCUGCUUGGUUAUUUGAGAUCAUGACUUGCAAAGCAAAAGCAAAGCUAAUUCAUAGCUUUUAUGCUGCAAAACAAAGUGCCUCAUUGCAGCAAAAGGAGCAUGCCAUCUCUUGAAAGCAUUCCUAAGUUCUUUGAAUUGAAAUAGCAUGUUAUACUUGUGCUUAGCACUGAGUCAUUACUUUAGGACUUCAGAUUUACCUUACUUGUUGCCUUGCAUUAUGGUAACUGCUGGUUUGAACAGUUGAGGAGGGCAUCAGAUCGAUUGUGGACUUGGGAAUGAUGACAUGUUGAAGAAGCACCAAGUGCACCUAGGUUGUGUUAGCCUAAUGAAUCGCAUUUCGGUGCACUGUUCACGGUAGUUAAGGUUGCUCCCUCCAAGAAGGCUUUAUUUUAUAUUCAUUUGCUUCAGCUUGUUCAUUGUGUGGGAAUGUUGUAACACUGGUGAAAAUUCUCACUUUUUUUUUUUGCCAGCAAGUGUGUACUAAUGCUGUGCCCAGUGGUGGCAGCAUCCUCUAGGAGGUGCCGUAAUGUGCUGGUAGGAAAAAAAAAUAUGGGGCAUUUAAUUUUGUACAAAGGUGGAACACUUUUGCUUAACAGAAAGUCAUUACUGUUACUGACUUCUUUCUCUUAUUUAUAGAUCUGUUAUUCAUUAAGAAGUGUGCCAGCUGCUCUUCUUACAAUAUGUAUUCAUAGAAUGGUAGCGAAAACUUUCUAAACAUGUUUGUUGUUGUACCAAGAUGUGUUGAACCUCUUACUGAAGCGUUAAAUCUAUUUACUGUUAGUGAAAAUAGACUGUCCUGUCUUUGCAUUUAUGCCUUUAGAAAUUUUUGUAUUAUAUUUCUGCAUUACGGCUGCUUGAAAUCGGGCUCAUGAUUCGUCCAUAUUCAUUCUUUUUUUUUUUUUUUGCAGGCAUGCUUGCACACAAGCAAUGAACAUGAAUAUAUGGACAGUAUUUGGUGUCUUAAAAACUUCUGUUAUUUCCUGCUGCAGUGGUGCAUUACAAAACUAUUGAUGGUC